AUGGCUAAGAAUGUGCCCCCUGUAAAGCGCACAAAGGUCGACACAGGCAGGAACACAGUCGAAAGAUCCACCUCAACUAGGCCGAACCUUCGCCAAUCCAGAUCGACCAGUUAUGCUGCUCCUCUCGAAUUUCUCGAUUCAACACCGCUGGCUUAUCCUCCUGCACCGUUGACGAAACAGAAUCUCAAAGAACAUCUCGAAGUCUUGGAGAAGUCUGCCGCCGAGAGCGCCGGGAAGGUUGCUCAUAAAUCAUCAUCGGCUUCUCGCAUCUCUUCCGCUAGGGUAAUGCCGUCUCCAAAAAAGCCAAAGUCAAAGCGACAGAAACCCGCAGAACCAACUCACCCACUAAAUCUUCCACCCGACGAGUAUCGACGUCUGUCCGCAGCAGCCAUGGCCAGAGACGAGGCCCGUAAUUCGACUCCCAUGGAUGCAGACGAUGGGCCGGCAUCGCCGCAGCCCACACCGUCGCAGGAUGCACCAGGCGCCUUCCCGGAUGAACACACCAACGGCACCACUAAUGGCACAGUUGAACCCGAAGCCAGUCCCAGACCUCCACCACAUCGUGCGCAAAGUGCUCCCAAACCCACAGUGAAUGCAGAGGAGUGCAAGGCGGCAGGAAAUAAGUAUUUCAAAGCAAAAGACUAUGACCGGGCCAUUCAGGAAUACACAAAAGCUGUUGACGCAGAACCCACAAAUGCCACCUACCUGUCCAACAGAGCUGCCGCAUACAUCUCAGCCAACAGAUAUGAUCUCGCUUUGUCAGACUCAUUACAGGCCAACAGACUUGACUCCGACAAUGAAAAAAUCCUUCACAGACUGGCACGUAUCUACACAUCGCUGGGGCGACCACAAGAUGCGCUGGCCACAUACGCUCGCAUACCCAAUGCUUCAUCCACAGACAAGGCCUCGGCACAGAAAGCCCUGUCAUCGAUAGAACUUGCAGAGAAACAAAUCAAUGCCGACGAUGGCAAUGGAAACAUGGCUCUCUGGACCAACCUCAAGAUCGGCACAGUCAACGCUCUAGGAGAAGCGCAAAGCAUGACGCAGGCCCUAAUGAGGCAGAACCCUAGUGACGCCGAGGCUAUCACUCUCGCCGGACGAGCAUACUACUUGAAGGACGAGAAGACCGGUGGCAAGACAGACUACGAGCGCGCUGAGCAACAUUUCCGACAAGCCCUUGCAAUGGACCCGGACAACUCAGAUGCACGAAACUGGCUAAGAACAAUGAAGAAACUCGACCGUGCCCGGAACGACGCCAAUGAUCUCUUCAAGCGAGGCUCCUACACACAAGCCGUCGGUGCGUACACGUCAGCUCUGGACAUCGACCCAACGAACCGCGUUACUAACGCCAAACUUCUCGGUAACCGCGCCCUAUCCCGCAUGAAGCUCAAAGAGUACGAUCUGGCCAAAGAAGACUGCGACCAGGCCCUGAAGCUCGAUCCCACAUACAUGAAAGCAAAGCGGACACGAGCAAAAGCCACGGGCGAAGGCGGCGACUGGCAGGAGGCCGUCAAAGAUCUCAAGCAGCUGGCCGAAGACAAUCCAGGCGACAACGAUAUAGCCCGCGAACUCCACAACGCCGAAAUCGAGCUCAAGAAGUCCAAGCGAAAAGACUACUACAAGAUUCUCGGCGUCGACAAGGAUGCCGGCGACAAGGAGAUCGAGCGAGCGUACAAGAAGAAGGCUGCAGUGCUGCACCCGGACAAGACGCAGGGCGAUAAGGAGAAAGAGGCCAUGUUCAAGGACUGCUUGGAGGCGAAGGAGAUUUUGUUAGACUCGCAGAAGCGUACCAUGUACGAUCAGGGCAUCGAUCCUAACGAUCCAACCAGCGGUAUGGGUCCCGGAGGCAUGGGCGGUGGCUUCCCUGGUGGUGGCGCUGGCGGCAUGCAGAUCGAUCCUGAGAUCCUCAUGCAGAUGUUUGGCCAGCAGAUGGGUGGAGGUAUGGGCGGUGGACGCGGUGGCUUUGGUGGCGGCGGCAUGCCUGGCUUUUCGUUCCAGUCUGGUGGAGGAGGCGGUGGCCGAGGCGGAUUCCCGUUCUAG